GUAAUCCGAUUGGGCUAAAUGCUUCCUCAAAAUGGGCUUUGAACUUCACAGGCUAUACAGAAAUAGAAGACACAGCCGGUGGAAGUAUGCUAACUGGGAGAGCCUCAAUUAAAUUAUUAAAUUAAAGCAUGUACACUAAGCUACUUAUCUAGCUUAUUCACGAGCUCGCUUGGGAAGCCAGUGAUAUCACCGACAGCACUUCGCUAACUGUUCUAUAUCAAGAGGAGACUAGAUCGGGCUAGCAGAUAGCUAACGUUACAGAUGCAGCCAUCAAACUACAGGUGGAAACUGAUAGCUAGCUAAAUUAUUCGGCUAGUUUGAAGCAUUGCAAGAUUGCACCAAGCCAGACCUUUGAAUUGGCUAGCCCCUUGUGCUACGAAGAAGAAAUACAGGCUCACUGACCGCUAGCAAUCUUUUGAUUAAUUCAAAGACUGAGGGAAUGGACUUUACAUUGGACUUUGCGGCAGGAUGUAUAGGAGGUGCUGCAGGUGUUUUGGUUGGCCAUCCUUUUGAUACUGUAAAGGUACGACUCCAAGUUCAGAGUGUGGACAGACCUCUGUACCGCGGCACGUAUCACUGCUUCCAGUCUAUCGUACGACAAGAGUCUAUGACAGGGCUUUACAAAGGCAUCGGCUCCCCCAUGAUGGGCCUGACCUUCAUCAACGCCAUCGUGUUCGGUGUCCAGGGCAACGCCAUGCGCAGGCUGGGCCACGACACACCGCUCAACCAGUUCCUGGCUGGGGCAUCGGCGGGGGCAUUGCAGAGCAUCAUUUGCUGCCCUAUGGAGCUGGCCAAGACACGGAUGCAGCUGCAGGGCUUGGGCGAGAGGAAAUCCAAGCAGAAGUUGUACAAAAACUCACUGGACUGCCUGGUGCGCAUCUACCGGAAGGAGGGCUUCUGCGGAAUCAACCGGGGAAUGGUGACCACGCUGGUCCGUGAGACGCCGGGCUUUGGGAUCUACUUCUUGACCUACGAUGUCCUGACGCGCCACUUGGGCUGCGAGCCCGACGACCCCUACAUGAUCCUCAAGUUGCUGUUUGCCGGCGGCAUGUCGGGCAUCGCCUCGUGGAUCUCCACCUACCCUGUGGAUGUCAUAAAAUCGCGGCUCCAGGCGGACGGCGUGGGUGGCCACAACAAGUACAACGGCAUUGCAGACUGCAUGCGUCAGAGCAUGAAGCGGGAGGGCUGGCGGGUGUUCACGCGUGGCCUCACCUCCACACUGCUUCGGGCAUUCCCAGUCAACGCCACAACCUUUGCCACCGUGACUCUGUUCCUCAUGUACAUGCGGAACGACGAGGGCGGCAUCACAGACUGCGAGCCCCUACCUGCCCACUCCUCACUCACUGCGAGCCCACAGCAGGCCCAGCCCUCAAGCCUGUGACCUGGGGAAGAUGGUGCUUCUGCUCUGGUGACCCUGACUGGAGUGGAGGUGGUCCCACAGUGCACCAGUUAAGCUGCUGAGACCUGAGUGACUUGACCACUCGACAAAGGAUAUUUUUAUACAAUGUAUUUUAAGAUUGGAAAACUUCGGUUGUAAAUAUUUACGUGUCCAUUUUUGACCCUUGGUUUUCUACAGAGCAGCUUUUUUUUUCUCUCAAUAGUUUUAUUUUUUUGGUGAAUUAAUUUGUCACUGGAAGCAAUCACACUGAAAAAGUACUCAUUACUGAACUGGUCAUCCUGGUUACAAACAAAACACCUGUAUACAUGUAUUUAUGCACAGCUUAGUAUAUUUAUAUUGCAGGGUUGGAGUAACGGAUUACAUGUAACAAAACAAACUAAUCUGUUACCAGCAAAAUUAUUGUAUUCAGAUUUGAUACUUUUGAAUUCAGAAAGGAUGUUUGGGGCCGGGGAAAUCGGACUCCUUUCCAUUUUCUCUUGACAUUCAAAUCAGCAAGUUUAAAGGGAUACUUAAAGAUUUGAUCUACUUCCCCGGAACUCAUGGAUACCAUUCUUAUUUCCGUGUCCAGUAUGAAGGAAGUUUGGCUAGCGAAACUACCUCCCAUGACUAUGGGUAUCUGCUAGCAGAUGCCUAUAGACUUUGUCAUUAAAAUGCAACAUCCAUUAUGGCCAGCCCUUAUCAUUGAUUUAUCCUGCAAUAAUGUCAUUCAAUUGGUAAUAUUAAUUUGUCUUCUAAUCAUCUUAAGGGGAAAGUAACAGAGUAAAGUUUGAGGAAUCCAAAAGUUACGUGACUGAUUUAGAAUUUCACAUGUAAACUAGUAAUUAACGGAUUAACCUACCCAACCCUGCUUAUAUGUAUGUAUGUCUGAAAAUAUGUACAUAUGCUGUACUGUAUACACAAGUAAAGCUUUCCGAUGAAAAGACCAACUCUGGAGUCCUAUUUUCGAGUACAUAGUUUGGAAUCCAUAAGGGUCUGUUCACAUUGCUUGCAGGGAAAAAACUAUGCCAGAAAGGAAGCCAUUUCAUUCGUUCUAAUCAAUGAUUCUGCUGGCUAGGACCAAUGAAAUGACUUCCUUGCAUAGAUUUUUACGGCGAGCAGUGUGAACGGAGCCUUAGGCCCACGGGUGAAGAGUAUCUUGAGUAACCAUUUUGGAAAGCCAUUGGACAUUAGAGUUGGGUGCGACGUCUGCACAAACUGGUUCCUGAUUUACACAACUCUUAGUUCUUUUUGAUAAUCCUAAUUUAAACACUCAGGGGCAUCAAGUCAAUCAUGUCCCAGACCUUGUAAAGGUGGCACCUUAUUUUACUGAAACACUCGGCAUUAACAAAUGUGCUGAAAUUAUUGCAGUGUUAAGUAUGAAAUGGCACGACCAUAUUGCACAGCGAAAUAAGUGAAUUGUUUUGAUUCAGGACAAGUGUUUUUUACAGUAGCAUUAUAUUGUAUUUGAGGCAGCACAGUCCCUAGAAAAUGUAGCGAAUUAAAUCAGCCUGAUUGUUACAUACCAACUUAAUAUUGAAUGAUGUACAUGUCAUGAUUUGAGAAAUGAUCCUACAAGUAUGAUAUGUAUGUAAACAAAUGUAUUAAGGAUAUUGCAUCCUUUCACUGGAGAGGUUAAACUACCAACACUGGAUAUCAAAUUGAAUUGCACGUGCAUGCGUUUCCCAAUAACUCGUUUCUAUAUGCUGGAUGACACUGCUUGUACAAGAGUAACGUACUGGAUGAUGUAUACUAUAUUGGGGUCAGUGCUUUCUCUCGUCUUAUUUAUUUUAUGGCACAAUUUAAGUGUGAUCGUAGACACAAGGGCAACUCAACUAUAUGGAAUGCUGCUUCCUAUGUUUUACUGUUACAGAAAACCAUCAGCAUUGGUUGUACUGUACAGGUUGGAUGGCAUAUGUCCAAUCAGAGCCAGAGUCCAGAAGGGCUCAGGUGCUUGAAAAGGGCAAGUAACUUUUCUUUUGUACGUGUAAUGUUUGUUCUUUUAUAGGUCUUAAUGUCUUGCAACCAAAGCAAUAUGUGGAAAAAGAAAUGGCUGAAUAAAAACCUAUCUAAUA